UGGUCACGUGACAGCGUCAAACCGCCAAAAUAAAUGUCAUUUCUGCCACCAUCCACAAUUAUUUUCGUCGUGUUUUUGUUCCACGAAAAAAAGUCGUUUAAUCGUUAUACUUACCUUGUUUUAUUGUGAAAACACAUCGAUUUAUUGUUGCUAAAGGUUUUUCGAGUGCAUUAAAAGUUUAAAUCGCUGUGUGAACGUAAGGAAGAACGUAAAAAAUGGCUAAAGUUCACAUAACCAACGUAGUGGUUCUGGACAAUCCCAGUCCAUUUUUAAACCCUUUUCAAUUCGAAUUGACCUUCGAAUGCAUUGAAGAGCUCAAAGAGGAUUUAGAGUGGAAAAUGAUUUACGUCGGUUCAGCAGAAACAGAGGAGCACGAUCAAGUUUUGGACACUAUUUACGUGGGUCCUAUCCCGGAAGGACGUCACAUGUUCGUUUUCCAAGCCCCUCCGCCAGAUGUGACCCGUAUACCAGAAAACGACGCUUUAGGAGUCACAGUAGUUUUACUAACAUGCUCAUACAGGGGACAAGAGUUUGUCAGAGUCGGUUAUUUCAUAAAUAACGAAUACAGCGAAAAUGAACCCGAACUGCGCGAGAAUCCACCGGCGAAGCCACAGUUUGAUAAAGUUGUUAGGAAUAUUCUUGCAUCCGAACCGAGAGUUACGAGGUUUAAGAUCAACUGGGCGGAACCUGAUGCGGUUACAGCGACAGAUUCAGGGGACGGUAAUCUAGAAAGUCAUGCCCCGAGUAAUGAUUCAUACGGAGCAUUCAAUACGGAUAGUCAAAUAAGUGGAAUUUUCCAAGGCAGUUUGAGUGGGUACGGAGAUAAUUCCAAUUCCGUCGUGCAUAUGGAGUGCUGAGAAAGAGUAAAUAUUAAUGAAACAACAAGACAAUAUGACAUGCUGUUAUAGGAAAUAAUACAAAUGGACUGACAAAUUAUGGAGAUUUUAUAUUGUAUGAGCGGCGUGCACAAUCCUUUUAUGCAGGAACGCACUACCAUAUAUGUAAUAAAUAUGAAGUCAACCAAGUUGUUUGUAUACUCAUAGAGAGUACCUGCGCGCAAGCAAAUCUGAGGGUAGAGCCAUCAUUGCCCUCGCUGCAUCCAUCCAUUGCUUGUUUGAUGGCAUUACCUACCAAAAUUUUUUUUUUAUGACUCUGAUUUUUUUAAGCUUAUUAAACUAAUGGAAUGAAUGCUUUGUUAUAAGUACGAUUCACAUUAAACGCGCCGCAUCAAAUUCAAAUUCAUAAUUUCUUUAUUCAUGUAGGCCUAUCACAGGUACUUAUGAAGCGUUCAUUGCAUGUAAAAUAUGACAUAGAAGUGAGUUGAUGGCGAUAUC